GGUUUUUAUACACCCCACAGGUUGGUUGAUGCCGUCUACGAGAGAACACCUCAACUCCCCCCAAUGGCUUCAUCCGUCAGAAGACCCCUUAAGCCAAACGCCGCAAACCUACCAUUCAAGCAGAUGGAAAAUAUUCAGAUUUUCUUGGACGCCGCAGAAGCCUACGGAGUCCCGAAGACGAGCCUCUUCCAGACUGUUGAUCUGUAUGAGUCACGCAACAUGUCACAGGUCUUAAAUACGAUCAUGCAACUGGGAACUGAGGCCCAACGAAACGGAUUCCAGGGACCGACGUGCGGACCAAGACCGACGCAGAAGCAAGCACGUCAGUGGACCACCGAACAACUGCGAGCCGGCCAGGGUGUCAUUGGUCUUCAGGCUGGAACUAACAAACUGGCCUCUCAGAAGGGCAUGAGCUUCGGGUCAAUGCGCCACUGUGCGGAUACGAAAGUGGAGGAGAUGUCCCCCUCUGGCGCUGGAAUUUGCAGUCUCCAAAUGGGUACUAACAAGUUUGCCUCUCAAAAGGGUAUGGCGAUGGGCAGCGUCCGUCAUGUGGCCGACAUUCGAUGCGACGAUAUCACGAAGGAAGGCCAGUCAAUUAUCACGCUACAGAUGGGCACCAAUCAGUGCGCUUCGCAGAAGGGUAUGGUGAUGGGUGGUGCCAGGCAUGCUGCCGACAUCCGAUGCGACGACAUGAGCAAAGAGGGUCAGGGUAUUAUUACUCUGCAAUACGGUACAAACAAGCUGGCUAGUCAGGCAGGCAUGCGUGGCAUGGGAGCGCAUCGCCACAUUGCCGACAUUAAGUGCGAUCAGAUGACGCCUGAGGGUGCAGCUACGCUUGGUUUGCAGAUGGGCCCCGGAAUGAACCAGGUUGCCAACCAAUCAGGCAUUUCAUUCGGCGCUCUUCGACAUGUCAAUGACUCAUAUUAA